CCCGACAACACCGAACUCGCAAGAAUGCCGAAUACUCCACCAGUUUCGCAAGAAGAAUGGGUGAAAGUAGUAAAAAACCGGCUGCGCACCAAUGGCUUCAGAAUUACAGACAUUUCUUUCUCAGAGCUGGAGAAGGAGAACAGAGGGUUCCUCGGAGAACAUUACAAGGCCAAGGUAACAAUCAGCAGAGGCGCCGAAGGAAAUGAUGAAACCAAAAUAUUGCGGUUUUUCUUGAAGAACUCCCCUCAAGAGGACGGCUCCCACGCAGACUUCGUUAGGGCAGGCAACGCAUACCAGAAAGAAACUUUCUUCUUCGAGACACUGCGGCCACUUCUCAGCAAGCACUUGAAGGGCACACCAGAAGAGACGUCGACGCUGUUCUCCGUGGUCAGCCCUUGCUACUACAUCAGACCGGACCUACUGGUGCUGGAGGACCUCUCCCCGCAGGGGUACUUCCAGCUGGAGAAACGCACCCUGCUCAACUACGAGCAGUGCCUGGCCGUGGUGGAAGCCCUGGCGCGUUUCAACGCCGCGUCGCUCAUCUUCGAGGAGAAGGAGUCCGCAGCAGGUGGGCGGCAGUGCCGCCUGGGAGACAUGUUCCCCAUCCUGCGGAGGGACACCUUCUUUGACCAGCCGGAAGACACAGCGUACGGCCAGGCGGUGACGGCCGGCGUGACCUGUAUGUCGGGCCUGAUCGAGCUGUCCGCCAAGUAUGGCCGCGGCACGCCGAACCACGAGCUCGUCCAGGGCCGGCUGGACGCCACCAUGCGCAGCCUCUUCCCCCACCUUCGACCGUCCGACAGCGAACGGAACGUCCUCUGCCAUCGAGACAUGUGGCUCAACAACAUUCUCUUCCGGUGUGAGCAGGGCAGGCUGUCGUGCCGGCUGGUGGACAUGCAGCUGAUAACGUACUGCCCGCCGACCACUGACCUGAUGAUGCUGCUGUACCUGACGACGACGCGCGCCUUCCGGCGGCAGUACGAGGCGCCGCUGCUGGCCGCCUACCACGAGACGCUGGCCGCGCUGCUGCGGCGCCACGGCCUCGACGUGGAGCGC